AUGGCAAUGGGAUUCAACUUUUACAACCAACGCAGCACCAGCGCCACCACCGUUACGCCCGCCACCACCGUCAUAAACUUCCCCACCGACCGGUCCGGUCAACGCAACAAUCGGCCCGGUCCGGCAAGGGACGGGGGUGGCGUAAGAUUAUCGGACUACUGCACGUGCAACAGCACCAAGGAGCACCGGCGAACGGGAACAGGGAACAGGGAACUGCGGCUGGCGCUGGCAACUCAUAUCCCCCGUUGGCCAAGGUCGUCACACCAUAAGCUAAGGCGCUUGGCCACGGUGGCCGGAAGCAGCACGUUCCAUACGUUGCUCCGUGCCGUGUGCCUCGAUCGAGAUUGCCGCUUGACGCUGGCCCGGCUACUACUCGCAAUGGCCGGAAUAACGCUCGUAUCGUCGAACAAAGUAUUCGGCGGAUUGCAAAAGGUGUACUCGCACCAAUCGAAGGAGCUGAAAUGUGAAAUGAAAUUCGCAAUCUUCCUGCCGCCGUCCGCCGAGGACCGCAAACUGCCGGUGCUGUUUUGGCUCUCGGGAUUGACCUGCAAUGAAACGAACUUCAUCCAAAAAGCCGGUGCCCAACGGUACGCGGUCGAGCACAACCUGAUCAUCGUUUGCCCGGAUACGUCGCCGCGAAAUGUAGAAAUACCUGGGCAGGACGAUUCGUGGGACUUUGGAUCCGGUGCCGGGUUCUACGUAGACGCCACGCAGGAACCCUGGUCCAAGCACUACCGUAUGUUCAGCUACGUCACGGACGAGCUGGUUGAGCUGGUCAACAACAAUUUUCCGACGCUCAAAGACAAGCUCAGCAUCUCCGGCCACAGCAUGGGCGGACACGGUGCACUGAUUUGUGCGUUGAAAAAUCCCGGACUCUACAAAUCGGUAUCGGCCUUUGCUCCGAUCAGUAACCCCACCAAAUGCCCGUGGGGCGAGAAGGCAUUCGGUGGUUAUCUGGGCUCUAGCGAUAAGGAGGAAUGGAAGCAUUGGGACGCCUCUGAGCUAGUGGCCGGCUACAAUGGUCCACCGCUGGAACUGUACCUCGAUCAAGGCUCGGAAGAUAGCUUCCUCAAGGACGGUCAACUAUUGCCCCAAAAUCUGGUCGAUGCUUGCCGAGCUGCCCAAGUUCCGUGCGUAUUGAAUAUGCGCGAAGGGUACGACCACAGCUACUUCUAUGUGGCUUCAUUUAUCGGGGAGCAUAUCGCCUACCAUGCGAGGCACCUGCAAUAGCAGUUGACACUUUUCACUGCCUUCUUCAUGGAAACGCACGCUGCAAUCAAUCAAAUUGAUGAAUAAAUAAAUGUUUUGCAUUUUA